AAAUCAGAGAUCCCAGAUUGGCACAUUAUUUAACGUUGCCACUCCCUUCAAUUUCGGCCACCCUCAAACCUUUUCAAUCCAAAAGAAAAGCCUCUCUCUGCAAAAACAACAACAGAAACAUAAAUCCACAAACGCUCUUUCAUUAGUCAUUACUCAUCCAUCAUCAUUCAUUCCCCCGAAUCCGCAACCCCACACAGCACAACUCCCAAAAAGAACAUUAAUUUUCCGUCACCUGUCCGACGUCGUUUUGGCAUUCCGUUAGCGGCGCCAGCAUGUCGUCCGGCGGCCCCUCCACGACCUCCUCCAACACCAGCCCAAGGGUCACCGCUGGCCCCACCACCACUCGCCGUCGCGUCGCCGACAACAUCAACAACAUCGUAGACGCCGAAAAACAGCAGCAACAGCAAGUCACCUCAAGCUUCUCCGAUUUCUCCGAGGUCGAAACCGACGAGAAUGUCCCCCACCACGCCCACGCGCAUCACCACCACGUGCACCCCGUCACGCGCUUCCUCCUCCUCCGCGCGCGAACCCUCCUCUGCGUCCCCGAGUCCUUCUUCCAGCGCGUCGAGCAUCUCGUCCUCUGGCUCGCCGGUUCCGUCCAGAGCCUCCGCUCCGGUAAACACGUCGGCCGGAAAAUCAUCGUCGCCCUCAUUUUCAUGCUCGUCAUGUCCGUCUUCCUCAAGGUUUCGCUUCUCGGAACGGGCGUUGAGAUGAACGGGAAGAGCUUUAAGAGCAUCGAGAAUGGACAAUUGAUAUUGCAGCGGUUCAAGGAGGAUUGGGUUUCGGCCCAGAGGGUUGUCUCCGAGUCCAGGACCAGAACCGAAACCUCCAUGCCCAAACGCGUCCUUGAGAGGCUCACGACUCCAGAAAUAUGGAUGAAGCCAAACAGUGACAAAUAUUACAAAUGCGUUUCUCCACCCAGGAAUGUAAUAAGGCCAAAACAGACAAAUGGCUAUCUUCUUGUUCAUGCGAAUGGUGGAUUGAAUCAAAUGAGAACUGGGAUAUGCGAUAUGGUUGCAGUGGCAAAAAUAAUGAAUGCCACCCUUGUCCUUCCUUCUCUAGACCAUGAUUCAUUUUGGACUGAUCCAAGUGACUUUAAAGAUAUCUUUGACUGGAGACACUUCGUGAAAGUUUUGAAAGACGACAUUGAGAUAGUUGAGUACUUACCGGUCCAGUAUGCGUCGCUGAAACCUCUUGUGAAGGCCCCUGUUUCCUGGUCAAAGGCUAGUUACUACAGAGGUGAGAUUCUUCCAUUGUUGAAGCAACAUACUGUUGUACAGUUUACUCACACAGAUUCCCGGCUCGCCAACAAUGGCCUUGCUUCCUCAUUGCAGAAGCUGAGGUGCCGUGCCAAUUACCAUGCUCUCAAGUACACGGCAGAAAUUGAAGAGCUUGGAAGGGUCUUGGUGAAUAGGCUAAGAAACAAUAAAGAACCAUACAUAGCCCUUCAUUUAAGAUAUGAGAAAGACAUGCUAUCCUUUACUGGCUGCAGUCACAAUCUCACUGCUGAGGAGGCGGAGGAACUUAGGGUUAUGAGGUAUGAAGUGAAGCAUUGGAAGGAAAAAGAGAUUGAUAGUGUGGAUAGAAGAUUACAAGGGGGGUGCCCAAUGUCACCUAGAGAGGCAGCUAUUUUUCUCAAGGCCAUGGGAUACCCUUCCACUACAACAAUCUACAUUGUUGCAGGACCUAUUUACGGUGGCAAUAGUUUGGAAGCCUUUCAAUCUGUGUUCCCUAAAGUAUUUUCUCAUUCUACCCUUGCAACUGAGGAGGAGCUAGAACCCUUCAAGCCAUAUCAAAACCGUCUCGCUGCUUUGGAUUAUAUAGUUGCCCUUGAAAGUGAUGUCUUUGUGUAUACCUAUGAUGGAAACAUGGCCAAGGCAGUGCAGGGUCAUAGGAGGUUUGAAGGGUUUCAGAAAACCAUCAAUCCUGACAGAUUGAAUUUUGUUAAGCUGAUUGAUCAACUGGACGAGGGUGCCAUAUCUUGGGAAGCAUUCGCUUCUGAGGUUAAGAAUUUGCAUUCCAAUAGGCUAGGCGCGCCUUAUCUUAGACAAGUAGGAGAGUCACCAAGAAUGGAGGAGAAUUUUUAUGCCAAUCCCUUUCCUGGUUGUGUAUGCAACAAGUCUCAGGAGCAAAUCACAAGCCAGAAACUAGACCAUCAGUUUGGUAUUGGAGCACAAAGAUAGUGUAGUGUCUUUGGUUUUGUUACAUAUUAGGCUAAACAGUGGAGCUUCAUCAUGCAUUAUGACAUUGCCUUAAAGUUAAAGGAAGAGCUCAUUGGGGUUGUGUGGUGGGAAUGUGCUUCCUUGUUUUCCAGCCUGGUUGAUGAGGUUGCUGAAGAAUCAAUGGGGCCCUUGUGGGGUUCUCAUUUCAUUCAAAAUAUGAGUUUCAGUUUAGGCACACAAAAAGGGAAAGAAUAGAAGGUUGUGUAUAAUCAAAAGGCACACCAUACAUACAACAAGUUAGAUUCUUUACUGGUGGGGAUAUUGAAAUUGAUAAUACUACCCCUUUGGAUGUGAGAGUUAAACUGUUGAAACCAUUUGAUUCAUUGAUUCUUUUUGGAGGAAGAUUGCCAAACGGAGCAUGUUUCCAAUUUUUGGAUUGAACAGUUGUUGUUGGUUGAUACAUAGGAAUUUUGUCUAUACGUUCACAAUAGAUGCCUUGUUUAUAUGUUUAUAUUUAUGUUGUACACGUCUGCAUUGAAUUGCUGACGAGUGUAGAAAUAUUAAUAAUUUAGUUAAUUUUAUAAAUAUUUUUUUAUUGUUUUCA